ACGUAGGAUGACAUAGGAUGACAUUCUCCUUUAAUUUCAACUGCUCUUAAAACUGAUACCAGCUGUUGAGCUUAGUUUAAAAUGUUGAUGUGCCUGGCCUGAUAUAAACUGUAGCUGACUGCUACUAUGUUUGGUGAAGUUCCAUUAAGGGCUGUGAAUUGUUGGAUGUAAUUUGCCUUUGAUAACACCAUUAUGAAUGAUGAUAUAGAUGUUCUACAUGGCCUAUUAUGUAUCUAUCUCUAGCCAGUCAGGUCACAUAACUUAUCAUAAUCAUGUUUAUUUUGGAAUCAAUUUUGGUAUGUGGUGUAUGGAUUACUUGGGUCAUUAAUGAUAUUUGGAUUGACUCUACCUCAAGGCUUGUUUACUGACAAAAACUGGACAGCAGGAUGAUCGCAAACGUCAGUUCUCUAUGUGUUGCCUCUAUACCACAUAGCCAAUCACGCUGAAGAACCAGUUCACUGCUUUGUGUUCUCGCAGAAGCAAGCUAAACACAAUAUGGAGCAAGGUUACAAAGAAAAUCUGUGAGGAUUGCAGUAUUGAAGAUUUGAUGCCUGGGAUGAAUUUCAAGGGAUUUUGCAACUGGUCCUCGUACCAAACUGAGGAGACGCUACAUCCAAACUCUCCGACUCCACCUGCAACGAUGGCUCCAGAUAGAUGUGACUCCACCCUUUCAACAUCGUCCAAUUCCAUGGAUAUUUGUCGAAUAUGUCACUGCGAGGCCGAACCGGACCUUCCCCUUAUCUCUCCAUGUAUGUGUGCGGGGAGUCUAAAAUAUGUGCACCAAGCGUGCUUACAACAAUGGAUAAAAAGUGCAGACACUAAAUCAUGUGAACUUUGUAAAUAUGGAUUUAUGAUGAAGACAAAAGUCAAACCAUUUAGAAAAUGGCAAAGGUUGGAUAUGACAACCAUUGAGCGACGGAAGGUUUUCUGUUCAGUCACGUUCCACAUUAUUGCCAUUACGUGUGUUAUCUGGUCCUUAUAUGUGCUUAUAGACAGAACAACAGAGGAAAUAAAGGCCGGGAUAUUGGAAUGGCCAUUUUGGACAAAAUUAAUUGUGGUAGCCAUUGGGUUUACCGGCGGCCUUGUAUUCAUGUACGUGCAGUGCAAGAUGUACGUUCAGUUGUGCAAACGAUGGCGGGCUUUCAACCGAGUGAUUUACGUGGAAAAUUGCAAUACUAAUAUCAUGAAAAUUUCUAAAUCAGAUUUUGAGGUAAAAAAAACUGAAACUGGGAUCAUGUUGGAGGCAGCGCCGCGUGACUGUUCAACAGGAAAUGUCAACAUAGGUGCGAUACCAGAAACAGAGCUUGUAUAGGAAUAAAUACAGACUGUAUUCAUUCAUUAAGGAAAAUUUGUCCAGCUGAGAGUAUAUAUUUCGUGGGAAGGAUAUGUCACAAUUCAUGGAUAUAAUAUUGUUCAUCUGUUUGUACAUAAUCAUAAUUUCUAAUGUUGUGAGUUACCAAGGUUACGAUGCCUAAUGUUUCUGUUAAUGUUUGUAUCUUUAAGGGGAGAUCUUUAUGCAUUUCAUUUACGAUUAGGUCUUGAUCUAACCCCCUUGCUAUCAUACUUGCUGAUUGGCUAUCACAUCUUUACCAAAACCCCUUAUGCUUUUAAGCUUAAUAGUAGGGAUGGUGGUGAUGGAGCCCUUUUGACUGAGAUGAUUGUAUACCCUUUUAUUUCCAUGAUGAUUUUGAGCAUGGGAGAGAGGUAAUUGUAUGGGAAGGGUCUAAAAUUUUAAUGCUGAAAUGGCAUUACCAAUGAAAACAUAUAAAUAGGCCUAUAGUUCUUCAAUAACAAAUAUGUAGACACCUUAGCUAGUGCUGCAAGAAGACUACAGGUAAGCACACUGGCCCCAACCAUUUAUCAGAUAGCGCAGCAGGCAAAUAGCUAUAGUCACAAGGCUUUUAGAAAGUGUUAGUGAAGAUUAUUCAGGAGAAAAAAUGUAAUGGUGCAAUACCCAGGUUUGCAUCAAUGUUACAUGUUUCCAUAUUAUUGUAAUAAAGGCACGUAAGACCAUGGCCAACGUAAAGUCGUUGUAUACCGUGUAUGAAUCUGGUGUCUAUCUUCAUCUAUCCUGUUUCUAUAGCAACAAGAAGUUAACUGGCCUCUAUAGCAACAACUGGGAACUUCCGUCCUGUGCUAUUUAUAUGAAUAUUUAAGCAUGCAACAUCGGUUUAGUAAUGAUGCGGUCAGUUGGUUGCGGUUUUGUGACAUACCGUUCGUUUUGCUUGGAUAGUUUUCUGUGCUAUUCCAUGAGCACAAGCUGUACGUAGAGAAUUGAGAAAAUAUAUUCGUGGUAAUUGCUUUAACCCAAAAUCAAAGGUAUGGAUGAUACAGAUGUAUCCUACAUGUCCUCGUUCACACUUAAGUGAUGAUUCUACCUCUCUCCCUAACUGGCCAUUCUUCUGGUGUUUCGAUCUCAAAGAUCUCACCUUCAGCUGUCUUGGUCUUAAAGGAAACCAAUCAAGAAAUGCUAAAAUAAAUGAGGAGUUUUGAACAGCCUGUGUGGUCUUGGGUAGGAUAUCUUUUUGAAAAGGACAGGGUCUGCGGGAUUUUAUUUUACCGGUAUUCCCAUUGUAAUAUUAUGGAUUCACGUAUGUAUGUGUUGGGCAUUGCAAUUAGUUAUGGAAGGCAUCCAUAAGGUAGGUAUAUAGCCUGCUCAGCAGUAUUUUUUGGGAUAAAAAGGGUAUAAGUAAUUAACUUUUUAAACGAAUAAGCAUCAAGUUUAUUUUUAAAAAGAGCCAUGUGGGGCCAUGAAAUCUUUUGUAUAAGUUACUUCAUUAUUGCCUAUCUCGGUCUUAUUACGUCAAGAGGAAUAUUGCCCAAGUUGAUGGCCUCAAUACAAUGUUUAGUGGGAAUGGAAUUGAUGGCUUGCAUCUUAGCUUGGGCCAUCCAUCAAGUAUGUGCAUGCACAUACCAUCAGAUGGAGACAUUUUUAAUGUUUAUGACUGUGUCUGAGGGAGUGGUUUGCUGGAUGAAAGGAUGUUGUUCAGUGUGUACACACUUUAUGGAUGGUCCCUUUAAUGCUCAUGGCAUGUAUAUAAUCCAAGGUGAUAUUUUUAAGCUGGAGCACCAGUGCUUAAAUGUACAUAAGAUUGAUUAAUAAAUCAUUGUAACUUGUCA